AUGGUUUUUCCUGCGGCGAAGCUGUUUACAGUCGGCAUCCGCCAGCUGUCUAAGCCAAUGGCUCAGUACAUGCAGCGGAAGGCCCAGAACAGCGAGGGCUUCAAGGCCGUUUGCGUGUGGAUCGCAAGCCGGUAUAACAGUGUGGAGCAGCGGAUCAUCAAUCGCUUUUACGGCCGCAGCGGCAAGCACGCGCCAGUUCGCAAGCUGAACGAAGCAAAGGCUAUCGAGCUUGGCGCCACCGUUUUUGGAGAGUUUGUCAUCUUCGGGACCGCCGCUAUCGCCCUGGGUUUCGAGUACCGACGCAGCGUGUUGAAGGAGGCGGCAAAGGAACGCGAACUGCUUGAGCGGCUAUACGUUCUAGAGGCGCAAAUCCUUCAGCUGCAGGCGGAGAAUGACCGCGUCUUCCAACGCCUCUUCCCCAAUGAAACCCAUGCGCGGCAAGAAGUCGACGUGAACAUCGACCAGGGCCCAGGAUGGGUGUCCUGGCUCGCACAGCCUAUCACCGGUUUGUUCAGCGUCUCUCAUGACAGUUCCGGAGGUGCCAAGACCCAGAAAGCUGCUGAAGUUGAUUCCAAAGUAGACACGACUUGGCGGGCGAGCGAAGCGACUAGCUCGCGGCAUAUCCCGCCUCCUCCCGAGCUGGUGCGCCCUGUUCAGUCUGAGCGGCUGGGCGAAACCGGUUCGGUUUUUCCGUCGUCUCUUGCUUCCGCAGUAUUGCCAAACCUCGCCCGUCACACUGCGCCUGGCGAGGCUGGGGAGAAACUGGGUUCCCACCUGCGGUCCGCACAGCUCGCGCAGCGGAUGCUCAAGCAGCGAAAUGCGCCUGGUGCUGUAGACGGAGAAGAGUCGCGCGCCGGGCAGAUCUCAGAAGCCCCGCCCGUGACCUAUCAAGAUGCGACGGCUGGCGAGCUCUUGAACGGGCUAACAAAAAGCGAGGCAUCGACAGACGCUUCAACGUCACUUAUGGGGACGCUCGCCAGAGCACGCUCAGGGGGCGUCGAUCCGGAUAAAGUCAGAGGAAAGUGA